UCGAAAUCGAGAAGAACUGUAAAACAAGAGGGGGCAAAGCAAAGGGAAGAAAAGGUGUGUGGGGAUGGCUGUUCCACCUGCAGAUGGGAGAAAGGUUCAAGAAGAGGAAGAGGGUGUCGUUAAUGGAGGUGAAGAUGGUGGUGAGGUGGAUUUUGACCCUUCUGCCCCUCCUCCUUUCAGGGUGGCUCAGAUCAGAGAUGCCAUUCCUAAGCAUUGUUGGGUCAAGAAUCCAUGGAGGUCAUUCACCUAUGUCUUCAGGGACAUUUUGGUCAUUUCGUCCUUGGUUGCCAUGGCUGUCUACCUCAACAACCUUACUUGGGCUUUCUGGCCACUCUAUUGGGCUGCUCAGGGCACAAUGUUUUGGGCCAUCUUUGUUCUUGGUCAUGAUUGUGGACAUGGAAGCUUUUCGGACAGUCCCACUCUUAAUCACAUUGUGGGCCAUCUUUUGCAUUCUGCAAUUCUUGUUCCCUACCAUGGCUGGAGGAUUAGUCAUAGAACUCACCAUCAGAAUCACGGACAUGUUGAGAAGGACGAAUCAUGGGUUCCGAUACCUGAGAAGACUUACAAGAGUUUAGAUUCGAGUACAAAGUUUUUCAGAUUUAAAAUCCCUUUUCCGAUGUUUGCAUAUCCGCUAUAUCUGUUUAAAAGAAGUCCAGGAAAAAAGGGGUCGCAUUUUAAUCCGUACAGUGAUUUAUUCUCACCAAAUGAGAGGCAUUAUAUUGUGACCUCUACAAUAUGUUGGGGAAUGAUGGUUGCUUUGCUCUUCUACUUGGUCAAUCUCAUAGGUCCACUCCUCUUGUUCAACCUCUAUGGCAUUCCUUAUUUGAUUUUUAUAGCAUGGCUGGAUAUAGUAACGUAUUUGCAUCAUCAUGGUUAUGAGCAGAAGCUUCCUUGGUAUCGUGGCAAGGAAUGGAGUUAUUUAAGGGGAGGGCUUACAACCGUAGAUCGCGACUAUGGAUUAUUCAACAACAUCCACCAUGAUAUUGGCACUCAUGUCAUCCAUCAUCUCUUCCCUCAAAUCCCACAUUAUCAUUUAAUCGAAGCAACGAAAGCAGCUAAACCAGUGCUUGGGAAGUACUACCGAGAGCCUAAAAAAUCAGGAUUAAUACCUAUACAUUUGAUAGAUAACUUGUUGAGAAGCAUUCAACAAGACCAUUUUGUUAGUGACGUUGGUGAUAUAGUUUACUAUCAAACAGACGAUGAGUUAAUUGGAAAAAAGAAAAAAUGA